AUGUCUAACGUGUCCAGUCGCAUAUCAGGUAUUUCUCUUAUUGAGCAGUAUAAUGAGUCUCAACUAAUGUCAGAAACAGACUCUACGAGCAGUACCCCGUUGAAGCAGGAGAACUACGAACAUUGGUCAGUCCAAGAAGUAGUCACUUGGUGCUCCAUGGAACUGUCAUUGGCUGAAAGUGAUUCCCUUUGUCAACAGCUGAAGAUAAACUCUAUCUCUGGAGAUGUAUUAUCUGAAUUGACAAUGAAUGACUGUAAAGAAUUAUGUUCUAAUGACUUAAAAAGGGCAAUUAAACUAAAAAUAGCAUUGAAUAAACUAAUAAGUGACCAGGAUAGUAAUAAAGCUGAUUUCUCCAAGAAAUCUACCGAUGACUCGCAAUUAUUUGAAGAAAGACAGGAGAAAUCGUUGAUAAUUUUAAAGGAUCUUUAUUCCACAGUAUCUCAAAAAUUACAGGAGUUCCAAAUUCAAUAUUCAGCAUUAAGAACAGAUAUACUGGAAAUGGUUAAGACUGUUAACUCAACUGAUAGUUCUACAUUGCUUGCUCAGCAGCAACAGCAACAAAUAUUUCCCCAAACCUUGACCCAUAGGCCAUCAACGGCAAGUGUGUCAUCCCAAUCUCCCUCUAUGUCGGCUGGGGAUUCUGCUGCUACGUCGCCUACAUAUUCAGUUUCUACAGUACAAAGAAGCAAUAGUAACAGGUAUAUUAGUAAACCAGAAAUGGUAAGAUCCGUAUCAACAUCAUCUUCAGUGAAUAACAUGAUGGGUUCAGUGGUCAGCACACCAGGCACGACAGCGGAACCUUUGAAACAAUUGAGGGCUUCUAAAGAAGAUUCAUGUGAAAGAAUACUUAAAAAUGCAAUGAAGAGACAUAACUUAAAUGACAAAGAUUGGAAACAGUAUGUGUUAGUAAUUUGUUAUGGAGAUCAAGAAAGAAUAUUGGAAUUAAAUGAAAAACCUGUCCUCAUAUUUAAAAACUUGAAACAGCAGGGCUUGCAUCCUGCAAUUAUGCUAAGACGAAGAGGUGAUUUUGAAGAAUUGUCCCUAGGCAAUGUAAACGAUAAUGACAAUGGAGAUGGUACUUUUAUCCCCAGCCAUAAUGAAUCAUUGAACCGGCCAAAUGAUGAUGUUACACCUGGAGGAAGGCUAUGA